ACCACUAAAAGCGUGACCCUUUAGGCGAGUGACCGAUUGUUGGCCACAUUUCAUUGGGAAUUUGAUUUAUUAGGGCAUAACUGCUUAGCUUACCGAUUUGCCUUCUUUUCGUUGGCGCUUAAUGAUUCGUAAAAAAAACUACAAACUUGCGUAUGCAAUCUAUUUUUUGUUCGUAACAUGGAAGAAAAAGGCUCUCUUCUUCUCUCUAUCUCUCUUGGCAAAAAGCAUUCUUAGCGUGGUAGGACGGAGUGAACGUGGAUCAGAUGUUGAUCGCAAUCGAUAGUAGUCUUCUAGGCAGGAGGAGAAGAUGGGGUGGCAAAUAAAUCGGGAUAAUCGGUGGAAGGGCAAAUCGAACCAACAGCAAAAUGCUCAAUCUCAAAACGAACGCGGACGAGAACCGUGACGAACACGCAAACGGAGUAAUGGGCAUGUAAUGGGUAUGCAUCAACUAAGGGGCAGCCAACCAACCAACCAACCAACCAACCAACCAACGAACCAACCAACCGACAACCUCCAUCGAGAGCGCAGCAGUCAAAGGUGCAAAAUCAGUCUUUUUGGGCAGCAAAUCUUCUAGCAUGAAAUGGGAGCUGAGAUCGAGGCAGAGCAGAUGAGAUUAGUGGUUUAGCGAAUUAGUGAGAAAAGUUGAAUUGAAUAGUUUGCAAAUGGUUAGAUUGCAAAACAGACGCCACAGAUAGACGGACGCGUUACAUUUGCAUUUUUUCUCGUAGCCUACGUGGCCCCCUGGUUUUGGCACCGACGUCGACCAUCGAUCGACGGUGGUACCUUGAGAUGGUACCAUAAAACGUGGGGUCACCAGGUCCAUUUUUCCAAAUUAUGCCCUUGUUCGUUCGCAUCAGUGUAGCAAAGUUAAUGGCAGGCAAUGCACAGUGCACCUGCGAAAUAGGAUUCAGAAUGGCUUUAGCUUUGUGUGAUUCAUCAGCACACGUGUGGUGUGAUUUUGUACCGCGAGGCGCACGUUUCUACAAUGAGGCACCUACCAACAACUCAUCCGAUUUGCACCCAUUACGAAUCAUCACUCACUCACAUCAUCCCUUACGAGCACCACCACCACCACCACCAUCAUCACCAUCGGCGAUCAUCAUCAAGCUCAUGAUCCAUCCAAUCUCACUAGGCGGUUUCGGCGUCGUUUUCUAUCAGCAUCUGCAUUAGCGUUAAUCGUGGCCGCCAUCUUUAAGUAUGCAUGUCGUACGGAAUAUAUAAAAAAACGAAUGAAACAAAGCUUAUUUACUGCAGAGAUUUAACUCCUUUAGCCUCCUAGGGACCCACAUACAUACAACCCUCAUCCUGCUAUCCAAACGCACAUAUCAUACCAGUAUCAGUACGGCUCGAAAUGAAGAUAGAACCUGAUUUCGGAAUAUUUUGAACUCCAUGACUAUAGAAAACUAGCAGAAGCCUGAUUUAUGGCUUAUCCCUUGUUCAAUAAAAUUGGUCACCAUGAUUUGAAUUCUCCUCACUUAACAAUUAACCGGCUCGAUCGAGUCGAUUUGAUUCGGCAAAUUUAAACUGUGUUUCGAUAGGAAGAUAAAGGAGGGAGAACGUGCGAGUAUUUAGCAUACGGUUGGUUCACGAACUUAUCCCGUUGAACGGUAACGGCCACGACCAAGAAAUUUAGUAAAGCAGAUUCACCGAGAUAAAGAGGGAGAGACGGAGAGAGAGAGAGAGAGAUCAACCCAUAUACAUACACAUAAAACGCAGCAUGAUCAUCAUUGUCGUCUCACUGGCAUAGAGUGGAACGUGUCUAAGAUCAUCACCCAAAGCACGCUGUCUUUUCCGAAGAAGAAGAAUAAAAAAAAAGUCAACCAAAAUACUACUAAUAAAAGAGCAUAUAAAUAGCAUAAGCGAACGCGCAAAUUAUUGGAAUAACGAUUAAACACACUAUGCAGGCGCAUGAAGCACGAUGCGGCGGUGCUAAGAAGCCAGCUACUAUAAGCCUAUAUCCAACCGGGACAUUGAUGUGCGAACUACUACUACGUUGACGCAGCGUCACGAAACUAUUUAAAAAUGGAGCUAAACAAAACGCAUAUUUAUCGGAACGUAAAUCACUUUACCAUCUAUUUAUUGGUAGCAGAACUUACGCGAUGGAACUAUAAAUGCGCCAGCCGCCGGACGAACUGGACGGGCAGGGAUUUGGGAAUGAGCGAAGCAAGGAGACAGCAGGAUACGUUUGUGCGCAUAAAGUAUAUUUAUAUUUACCCGCUCUCUGGUCUUGUGCGGUGAUCUGAAGGAGGAGGAAUGAUUGCGGAGUCCAAACGCGACAUAAAUCGAGGAAUCUUGCACGACACGUGGAUGGAUGGUCAUAAGUAUGAAUUAUCGUCUCUUUUGGAACGAACUAAGUUUGGUUGUAAGUUGCGAUCGAUCGAUAGCAACUAGAGCAAAAUACGUGUGGCUCAACAAACGCACAUGCACACUGCAAACGGCUCGAAGUUGUAGACACUGUGUGAAGUGGUGAAAACCAUUCCAAAUAAGGAUUUAAAGCGUUUAAAGGUAAACGCGUUCGUACACCAACCAAAAAUUAAACAAAAAAAAGCGUUGAUUAAACUGAAUUAUAGAGGAAAACCACCUUCUAAAGUCUUGCCCGUACAUGCAUGGUAGUGGGCUGCAUUAAAAACACGCCGUUCAUGGUGCAUUGAUGGUUGUUGAGAACGGUUUUUGUGAUUUACCGUUACCAACUUGGCCGAGGGAACAUGCAUGAAUGAUUGUGAAAUGGAAAACUGAUUUAUUGCAAUAAAUGGCACGUAC